AUGUGGCGCAUUUCUCCGCAGCUUCUUUGUGCUGCAGGAACCUCUACGGCAAAUUUGCAACAGUUUUCUUUUGCCAAGCGAUUUGAAGAAAUGAAAAAUGAUGAAUCAUGCCCGUUAAGCGGUCCAGAAUACGCCCUGUUGUUGGAGAAGGUGGAACACUACAGAAGCCUUCAGAAUACUUAUGCUGUCAAACAGAGUGACAUUGAACGAGCUAAACGGGCAGCGCAUUACAGUGGACUGGAGUUUACUCCGAAGCCUCCUACGAAAUUAACGCCAAAAAGCGGUACCGCGUGA